GUGAAACGUCGAACUACUCAGAUUGACCGUAAACAUGUCUCCCCUAAAAGGUUUCUCUGACAGUGCCUUCUCCAAUUAUUCUGACUUCAAAACCGCAUGUGUAGCCCUACUUCGCUCACUGAAACCUUAUCAGAGCCGCGGAGGUGCCAGAAUCAGACUACCUCUGGUGACAGGAACGCACUUCGAUGAUAUUGCAGCUCAGUUGGAAGGAUAUGCGCGUCCUUUAUGGGCGGUCGCUGCGCUUCUCCACGGGGGAGGGCUGACUGAGGACGAGAAAACGGAAAUCAUCGAACCGUAUGUUCAAGGACUCGCCAACGGCACCGACCCAAACCAUGCCGAAUACUGGGGUCCAGUCGUUGUCCGUGACCAACGGAUGGUUGAAAUGGAAAUCAUAUCUUUUGCGCUCCUGGUAGCGCCUGAGGCGAUGUACAAGAAGCAGACUCCGGCGGCACAACGCAACAUUGCGAACUGGUUAGGCACGAUCAACGGAAAAGACUUCCCUAUCACCAAUUGGUUGUGGUUCCGCGUCAUGACAAACCUGGCACUGGUAAAAGUAUGCGGUAUGCCAUACGACGAUUUGAAGCCAUCCAUGGCCUCCGAUCUCGACCAAAUGGAACAGUUCUACCUUGGUGAGGGGUGGUCCGCCGAUGGCAAAUGGGACGAAAAUGGAAGACAAGCGGAUUACUACUCCGGCAGCUUCGCCAUCCAAUUCUCCCAGUUACUGUACGUCAAAAUGGCUGAGGACCUGGAUCCAGCUCGCUGUGCAAGAUUUCGAGAACGAGCCGCUGCAUUUGCCAAUGCUUUUUGGCUGUACUUUGACUCCAACGGUGCAGCCAUACCCUUUGGUCGAAGCCUUACAUAUCGCUUCGCCUUUGCUGGCUUUUGGUCGGCAGUGGCUUUCGCGGGAGUGGAGUUGCCAGCGCCAUUGCAUGACUGGGGAGUUGUUAAAGGAUUGCUGCUGCGUCACUUCCGAUGGUGGAGUGACAAGAGUGACAUGUUCAACAUCGAUGGUACACUUACCAUUGGUUUCACGUACCCGAACAUGUAUAUGAGCGAGGACUACAAUUCACCGCAAUCGCCAUAUUGGGCAAUGAAAUCCUUCGUCGCUCUUGGGUUGCCGCAGUCCCAUCCAUUCUGGACAGCCGAGGAGAAGUCCCUUCCGCAGUCAAACUCUGGCCCCGCAACGCUAAUCAAGCCGCCUAUGCACAUUUUGUGCGACAGCGGAACCCAUCACUUCCUCCUCUCAGCAGGACAAUUCUGCCCUUGGCCUCUGAAAGCCACAGAAGCAAAGUACGGCAAGUACGCGUACUCGUCUCAUUUCGGCUUCAGCGUUCCCACCGGAGCCUCAGUGUUGGCUCAGAUAGCACCAGAUAGUACAUUGGCGCUGAGUAAAGAUCAAGGAGACACGUGGCGCGUGCCGUGGAAGGUACAUCGGUACGGUUUCGGAAAAGCGUUCUUCAUAAACUCGAAGACAGGCCUGCGCGAGGAGACACCGACUCUGAGAAGUCUCUGGAAACCAUGGAGAGAUGCUGAAAUCGAAGUGGACACCAUGCUGAUAGCACCAUGUCGUCGCUGGAAGGACUGGCAUGUGCGAAUUCACAAAAUCACGAACAAUGCUACUUCGGGUCCGGCCAUCCUUGCUACAGAAGGGGGGUUUGCGAUCCAAGGACGAGGGGCCAAAGCUGGGGGAGUCCUUCCUACCAUCGGAGAUGAAAGCAACUUGUGCAGUCACACUGCCAGUGGCAUCUUAGAAGGGACUCUUCAGUCAGUUGAUGGCGCCCUGGUGUGCUCCAAUGCGGGUACUAGUGGCGUAAAGCCACUUGCGCUUCCUCCGGAUCACCAGAAUUCUGUGGGAGACACCAAUUGCGAGAUCCUCAAGCCAGACGCCAAUACGAAUCUCAUAUGGCAACGGACACUGAUUCCAACUGUGAGGCGUGCCAUAGAGCCUCUAUCCAGCGGCCAAACAGCAACGUUUGCAACUGCUGUGUUUGCGAUUGGCAGAGCUUCUGGAUUCGAACGAGCAUAUGAUGAGUUGAAUAUAGGCGCGAAAUGGGCGGAUGUACCUGUUGUCUUUCAUGCUGGUGAUGAAGUUGAAGGGGUGGGUGAGUACAUCAGCUUCGACUGGAAUUCAUACUCGUGGCAGUAAGCCAUGCCUUAGCAAGGCUGGAGCAGUCAUACAUAUAGGGUUUCAACGAGG